GGCUCUAUCGAUAGUAGACAGCCAGCCUCUCUUUGACAACCCUAGACAACAACCCUACGCCUAAAUAAACUUUAAAUCGGCAAAAUCAAUGAAAUAACUGAAACACCUUGAGUGCGAACGGAGAAGACGGAAAAACUAAGAGCGACACUGGAGAAGAAAAACCAAUCACAACCCAGUAGUAGCAGCACCAGCAGACAUGGCCAAUCUCCUCGAGAAUCAACUCUUUACGGCGGCCAAGACCAUUGAGCAGCAGCUGGACCAGCAACUUGAUCGCCUGGAUAACUUGGACUCCGAUGAUUUGAAGGUCUUGCGUGAGCAGCGCCUUCGCGAAAUGAAGGAGCUGAACAACAAGAAGCAGGAGUGGCUCAGAAACGGGCAUGGCACCUACUCUGAAUUGGCCGACGAGAAGGAAUUCUUCGAGAUGUCGAAAAAAUCACCAAACAUUGUGUGUCACUUUUAUCGCGACAGCACUGAGCGCUGUAAGAUUGUGGAUAUGCAUUUGAAAAUCCUGGCUGCCAAGCACGUGGAGGCCAAGUUUUGCAAGGUUAAUGCGGAAAAAACGCCAUUCUUGACCCAACGACUUCGCAUCAAGGUAAUACCCACCAUUGCCUUGGUAAAGGAUAGCAAGACGAAGGACUUUAUUGUGGGCUUCACUGAUCUGGGUAACUGCGACGACUUCUCCACGGAAAUGCUGGAGUGGCGCAUCGCCCACUCGGGAGCUAUUGAGUACAAGGGAGAUCUAAUGCAGCCACCGGAUGUGAAACGCAAGCCGUUCAUAAAUCGCCCACAGAAGACAAUACGCGGCGGCUACGAUUCAGACGACUCAGACAUCGACCUGGAUGACUAACUACGGGCAGCUGGUCCCACGCUCUCAAUGAUUCCCCUAGCCCCAUACUCCUACACUCGAGACACUCAAAAGAGGUGAUGGAGAGCACGAAAAAGCAGAGACACACACACAAAUCAAAACCUAGCACAUGGAUCUAAACCAAUUAGGCGUACUUUAGCGAUAUUUAUUUAAUUAUACGAUAUACGAUUCCGAUCAGUAUCUGCUACGGUUCAACAUCCCCAAAACCCCCUCCCUACAUAGAAUGUAAGUGGCUUAUUCGGUUGCCUUUUCCCCACGAUUAUGUGCUUUAAUCUAUCAGUUCAAUCAGCUGCCUCGAAGGCUGAGCCACCCUAGCGAGCUUAAGCGUACUCAAAAUUUGAUCUUACGGUAUGGAACUCCAUGCAAUACCUUCUGUAAUUCCAAAUCCACAAUGCACCCACACCUGAAGCACAUAUAUAUGUAUGUUUAGUUGAAGAUAGUUUUACGGCCUGCGUGUAAAACAAAAAGUCAUACACACACAACACAAAAGACAAGAAACAAGACAUCUGGCAUAUAUAUUUUUUGAACGGCUAAAACAAGGUGUAUUGCAUUUCCUACUGUAGAGGUAACUAACACAUAUGUACAAGUUUUUAUAUUUAUUUUUGUAACUCUACAAAGCAUACAAAUGAAAUCAACUAUUAAAUUGCAUGUUCAAAACAAUA